AUGUUUCGUGAAUUUCUUUUCGUGAGUUUACUGUACUUGGGAACCGGAAAUGUCAAUGGACUUCAAAGAUGGGGCACACAGUUUGGACAAGCACCUCUGUUAGAAAGAUUUUUCUGGAGAACGCUGGACUUUGCCUAUCCAGACGAGGCCAGUAGAAGGAUGGCAAUGAUGAAAGGAGAAUUCAUUCCAGAAAACGCUUUGCCCGUUGGCAUAGAAAUUUGGAGAAACAAGCUGUUCGUCACCGUGCCAAGAUGGCGCAACGGAAUACCGGCGACAUUAAACUACAUAUCGCUCGAUGCAACUCGAGGUGGCUCGCCGAGGCUCACCCCUUAUCCGAAUUGGGCGCAAAACAAAGCUGGAGCUUGUGGUAGCGCAAUUACUACUGCUUACAGAAUACACGCAGAUGUUUGUGACAGACUUUGGGUGUUAGAUACUGGUACGAUAGGUAUUGGAAACACGACAAUACAAGCAUGUCCCUACACUCUGAAUGUCUUUGAUUUAACGACAGAUAAAAUUUUGAGGCAAUACAGAUUGAGAGCUGAAGAUAUCAAUAUGAAUACUUUCAUUGCGAAUAUUGCCGUCGAUUUGGGAAAAGGCGGCUGCAACGACGCUUUCGCCUACAUGUCCGACGAACUUGGAUACGGCCUCAUCGUAUAUUCGUGGCAACAAAAUAGAUCUUGGCGAAUUAUGCACAGCUAUUUCAUGCCGGAUCCUCUGGCCGGUGACUACAACAUCGGCGGCCUGAAUUUCCAAUGGGGUGAAGAAGGGAUUUUCGGCAUGAGUUUAUCUCCGAUCGCGGUUAAUGGAUACAGAACACUAUUUUUCCAUCCUCUUAGUAGUAGAAGAGAAUUUGCAGUUUCCACGAGAAUUCUGAGGGACGAGGACUUAUCACAAAAUAGUUAUCACGAAUUCCAGAUUCUUCCUGAAAGAGGACCACUUGGCCAUUGCACUGCUUCUGUGAUGGAUGAAAAUGGACUGCAAUUUUUCAAUUUGAUCGAUCAAAAUGCAGUGGGUUGUUGGAAUUCUGCAUUACCAUAUGCGCCUGAAAACCAGGCAGUCGUUGUUAGACACGACGAUGCACUGAUAUUUCCAGCAGAUGUUAAGGUAAAUCGUGGCUUAUUGUGGAUCAUAUCAGAUAGAAUGCCAGUAUUCUUACUGUCAACUUUGAAUUAUACCGACGUGAACUUUAGAAUACUAACAGUACCAGUUCGAGAUGCAAUCGCAGGUACAGUUUGUGAAAACUCCCCAUGGGGAUAUGUUAGCAAUUCUCUUUGGUGGGAAUCAUAAAAUCCCUUGCAAAAAUUAUUAAAAGAAGAAACUUA